AUGCUCGAGGACGUGCGCGGCCUCUCGGGCCCGCGCCGCGUCUGCGAGCCGUCGUCCGCCUGCUCGGUGCACCUCGUCGGCUUCUAUUACGCCGAUUGACUGGGGUGCCGGACGCGCGCGGCGAAGCUCGUCCGCCUCGCGUCCACGGUCGCCGGCGCCUGCGUCGUGGUGCUGAAUAACAGGAUGCCCAUGGCCUGCCUGAUGAACGCGUCCGCGCCCUGCGACACGAGCUACGGCGGCUGGCAGGCGCCCAUGGUCGCCGCCGUCGCCAACGGUUCGGCGACGCCCGUGCUCCAGGACGACGGCGCCGCCUGGUCCGCCAUCGGGGCCGGCCACGACGACGUCGUACUCUACGACGACGCGUGCCGCGCGUUCGCCGCUGCGAAAAAAAACGUCGCGGACGUCGAGGACGACGCGGGCUUCCGAGCCGUCGCGGUCCUCGCGGGCGCCGCGGCGAGCGCCGCCGGCGGCGCCGGCGUCUGCCGCGAGACGUCGUGCUUCGCUUCGUCGGCGGCGGCGGCGGCGCCCGCGGGCGCCGCGGGACGGAGGCUACUGCUCUUCGCGAUCUUCCUGUCGUCGUUCCUGACGGGCGGCCUCGUCGUGCGCUUCUACGUGUCCCGCGCGUCCGCGUCCCCGGCGUCGAGCGACCCCGUCUUCAGCCCGCUGGGCUUCGGGGCGCAGAUGGUCCGCCGGCGGCCGCGGUCGCGGUCCGGGUCCGACGACGACGACGACGACGACGACUUCGACGACAUCGCCCUC